GAAACUGCAGAUGCAGCAGCAGCAAAACCAGCAGCAGAUGCAGCAGCAACAGCAGCAGCAGCAACUACAGCGGAUUGCCCAAAUGCAACAGCUGCAAGCAGCACAGGCUAUGCAGGUACAACAGCAGCAGCAACAGCAGCAGCAACAGCAGCAACAAAUACCACAGCAACAACUACAGCAGCAGCCACCUCAACAAGUAAUGCAACAGCAGAUGCAACAGAUGCAGCAGCAGCAACAGCAACAACAGGUUGCUCAGGCACAGCAAUCUCAGCUUCCACCACAAUCCCAGCCUCAACCCCAGCCCAUGGUAUCUCAGGCACAGGCAAUCUCUGGACAAAUUCCUGGUCAGGUUAUGCCUGUUACUCUCACGCCACAGCAGUUAAAAGCAAUGCAGGUAAGAGCACAACUGGUCCAGCAGCAGCACGCAGCAGCAGCAGCAGUGCAAGCAGCUCAGGCUCAAGCUGCUCAGAUGGGAGCAUCAGCGCAGGUAAGGGCCCUGGAGCCAGUAUCUCCAGUAACAGGCUUGUAGCAAGUGCAUGCUGAAGAUGAGCAUGGAGAUGGGUUUCUGGUGGCUUUCUGAUGAGGUUUAAUCGGUCUUCCCUAUAUAAAGGAAGUAUGGGCUUUUAUGCUGUUUUCCUUUUGCCUGGACUCAGAGGCAGGAUUUCGUUGACAACCUCUCUAUGCAUGCUCUCUGUCCUUGGUAGGUGAGAUCGUUGCCUGUAGUUACACAGGAAUGCACAACAGCAAGGUGGCCUACUGUGCCCACACUGCAGUCUGACUCUUGGUUCCUGGAGUGCAUCACCUCUCUUUUUGUUAUCCUUUCCCAGGAAACUUCCUUGUUGUCUAAACUGAUUUCUGUACUGUGAAUCUUUGCCUGCUCUCUUAACUCACAUGUGUUCCACUUUCCAUCUCCAUGUACCAACCAUAAAAAGUAGUAUAGACAAUGAAAUCUUUCCACACUCCCCUUUCAUUCCUUUCAUCUUCCAUACUUCUUCUGAGUGAAAUGGACUGUAGAUAUAGAUACUCUUUUUCUGGAUGUGGAUUGUCAAGGAAAAAACUAGCAUGUGUCAUGAGUGCAGAGUUACAUUAAAAAAAAAAAAAAGUGCUGGGUGAAAGCUUAUUGUCUAACAAACUUUUUUUUUUAAACCUACGAUACACUUGUAGCCCCAGUAAUUGUUCCUUGAUGUGUAUCUGGUGUGAAGGAAACAUGGGGGAGAAAAACUGGGAGUGACUUGAGCUGAUCCUCUCAUUCCAUUUUCCCCAAGAAUGUGCAAUAGUCUUUCAUGUUUUGCCUCUGUAGUGUUUCAUGUUGAGUCAUUUUACAGACAUGGGUAAGUACAGUUCUCACCACUUUGUAUGUGAAGAGGCUGAGGCAGACAAAUGAGAAGAGGCUGGCCAGGAUUAAUGCCUGGGAAUACAAAAAGAUCUCUGCCAUUUCAUGUAUUGCACCAAUUUUCCUUCAUCACACAAGACGUGUUUUAGACUCAGUAAGAUCUUUAGAAGUUUUUUUACGUGAACAGAGGGAUAACAAUUGGAUCUUGAAUGUUCAUCUCAUAAACUUGUAUCAGGAGCAGUGUUUUGUACAUUAUCCUAACUCUCAUGUGGCCCAUGUACUUGUGGGUGGCUAAGUUCUGUUUCUGGUCCUUUUACUUUUGUCAGUGUAACACAGGAUAUAAAAGCUGAGCAGUGGUAAGUACAAUUGGUGCAGUAUUGGCAAUAAUGUAGAAUUCUUCUUCUAAAGUUAAAAUACAUAUUAAAACAUUUUUUUAUUUCUUAAAUAAUUUCCAGGUGAGAGCUUCAGGGACUUAGGGUGACUAAAAGGAGACACUGACUUGUUUUUUCCUUUCUACUAACUUAAUGGUGCUUUUUCCAACCCCUAACCAGGUGGAUUGUGCUUAUGUAGAGUCAACUUAAUUCUUGCCCUACUUAGUGAAAUUGUAUGCCAGUGGCUUAACAGCACGGUGCAUUUGAAAAGUUUUGGGUAAAGAAAUGGUUGACAGCUGUUUUUGCAUUGUGGCUUUAUUCAGACAUGUAGCAACCUCAGGGAUUGCUCAUUAUCACAGAUGGAGUUCACAAAACUGUGAAAAACUGCUGUGAAGUCCAAUGAUUAACUGGUUUCUUAUACUUGUGUAACUAUUUUCUGUGUAUAGUGUUUUCUUUCAAGGUUGUGGACAAUACUGCAGCACAGUUUUGAUGUUGACUGUCUGGUUACAUUUUCUUUGAUUUAUGGGAAGUUUCUUUUGAGAAAAGAUUUUUCUUUGUAUUUAGUCUGUUUUUCAUUAGCAGCACAAUUAAUCUGCCUAGAUUUCCUUAUUUGGUUCUGGGAAGCUUUUGUUAUAAACAAACCUAUCCUAAUACUUGCUUGUUACACUUAAGCUUGGUCUCUAGACGCUUUUGGUCUGGGAAUUUGGGUUGAUGUGCCUGUGUUUUUCCUUUUCUGUAAAGUUUCUGAUAAGCUUUCCUGUGUAAAAUAAAAGCAAGCCUAAAUUCAAA